CCAUUUGCUUUUUAAUUUUUGCCCUUCUGAUAAUCAAGACAACCCUAUGGCCAGUCAAAAGAAAACUGUGAAAAAACAAACAACCUUACAAUUUAUGUUCGGCAGUAACAGUGCCAGCAAACCAGCACAUUUGAAGCAGAAUGUCGAUCAAGAUCCAGAUCGGUCGAACGAUCGAAGUGAUGUUACGACACAUUCUGAAGAAAAUUCACAAAAAAGCGACAUGACUGAUACAAUAACUAGUUACUCAAUUGAUCCGACCGAAAAGUCAACAAAAGAGAGCGCCUUGGCUAUUGUGGAUGAAGACAAGAAUAAGAGAAGGCGAAUCAUUUUAUCGGAUACUGAUGAAGGGUCGGAUCAAGAAGAUGAUACAACAGUACACGAAAAUAAGAGAAAAAAAACACAGAGGGAUGAUGAUGGAAAGAUCAUUCCUGAAGAAAAAAUGGAUCUUGACGGUGCAAUCAGUAAAGAAGAAAAGGAUGAAGCUUUCGAUAAAGAGAUUGAAAUUGCAGCUGUGGAAGAAAAAGAAGCUAAAAAAGAAAAAGUCGAAAUGACAAAGAUCAUUCAUACCAUUGCUGCUGUAAACCCUAACGCUGAAAAGGAUAUCUCUUGGAAGCAAGGUCAACCUGUACCAUACGCUGUGUUAUGUAGAACAUUUCAAAAAUGUGAGAGCACGACCAAGCGAUUGGAAAUAACUGAAAAUCUUGUAAAAUUGUUUCUCAAGGUGAUUGAACUGUCUCCACAUAGUUUAUUAGAAUUGCUAUAUCUUUGUAUCAAUAAGAUCUGUCCUGAUUUUGAAGGCCUGGAACUAGGCAUUGGAGAGUCUUUAUUGAUGAAGUCAAUAGCAGAAACCACAGGAAGAAAUGUGAAUCAAAUAAAAUCAGACUACAAGACUUACGGUGAUCUGGGUACUGUAGCAAAGCAUAGUAAAGGGUCACAAAAAACGCUCUUCAAACCGAAGCCAUUGACUGUCCUGCAUGUAUUUCGAACAUUGAAAGAGAUUGCCCUUAUACAAGGCAAUGCUGCACAAUCGAAAAAGGUCGGCAAGAUCAAGAGUUUAUUAGUUGCAUGUCAAGAUGAAGAAGCGAAGUACAUUAUACGUCACUUGGAAGGCAGGCUGCGUGUCGGAUUUUCUGAACAAACAAUACUCUCCGCCUUAGCGCAAGCUGUAGUUCUCAGUAAACCUGGAAAUAAGAAGAUGUCAACCGCUGAAAAAGAAAAGUUGCUGGCACAUGCAGUGGACACCCUGAAAUAUGUUUACAAUCAAUUACCUACUUACGAUAUCAUUAUCCCUGCUUUGUUGAAAUACCCUAUCGAUGAAUUAUUAGAGAAUUGUACAAUGCACCCUGGUGUUCCCCUUAAACCUAUGUUGGCGCAUCCGACAAAAAGUUUAACAGAAAUACUCGAUAGAUUUGAAAAUCAAACUUUUACAUGUGAGUUUAAAUAUGAUGGCGAGCGUGCUCAGAUUCAUUGUUUAGAGGAUGGUAUUAUUAAGGUGUAUAGUCGUAACUCUGAAAAUAUGUCUGUUAGAUACCCUGAUAUCAUGAACGCCAUUAAAAAGUGGAUCAAACCUACCACAACGACAUUUAUCUUGGAUUGUGAGGCCGUAGCCUGGGAUAAAGCCGAAGGCAAAAUUCUACCAUUUCAGGUUUUAAGCACGCGUAAGCGAAAAGAUGUGAAAGAAGAAGAAAUCAAGGUUAGAGUUGCUGUAUUUGCAUUUGAUUGUCUCUAUCUCAACGGUCAAUCGCUACUGCAAGAGUCAUUGAAAAUACGUCGUGAAAAACUGAAAGAAGCGUUCCAAGAAACAGAAAAUGAAUUUUAUUUUGCUCGUCAUAUGGACUCUAACAAUAUAGAUGAUAUACAGAACUUUUUGGAUGUAUCUAUCACAAACAAUUGUGAAGGUUUAAUGGUGAAAGCAUUCGAUAGCCCUGAAGCAACAUAUGAACCGUCCAAGCGUUCCAGAAAUUGGCUUAAAGUUAAGAAAGAUUAUCUGUCUGGUUUAGGCGAUAGUAUGGAUUUGGUCGUUAUUGGUGCUUUCCAUGGCAGAGGCAGACGUACUGCUGUCUUUGGUGGCUAUUUACUUGCUUGUUAUGAUCCUGAAACCGAAGAGUUCCAGACCAUUUCGAAAGUAGCAACAGGGUUCUCUGACGAAAACCUACAAAAUUUCUAUGACUUUUUCAAAAACCAUAUCAUUGAACAACCGAAAAAAUUCUACUGUCUAGGUGAAAAUCCAGUGAAGCCUGAUGUAUGGUUAGAACCUGUGCAAGUAUGGGAAAUCCAAUGUGCCGACUUGACAGUAAGUCCCAGGUAUAUGGCAGGUGUAGGUCAAGUGGAUCCUAGUAAAGGUAUCUCCUUAAGAUUUCCUCGAUUCAUUCGUAUCCGUGAUGAUAAGGAUCCGGAAUCAGCUACAACAAGUGAGCAGGUCGUCGAAUUUUAUUAUAGACAAGCUAGCCAGCAGGGGAAUAAGAAAAAUGUCGCUGACAUGGAUUAUUACUAGUAAAUCACCUGGUAUCAAAGCAUAAAGUAGUAGAAAGGCGCAGUCGUAAAUAGCCAAUUUAUAUGUACUGAGAGGCCACUGCUGGUAUCCCAUUACGCGUAAUUUUAAUACAAUAACAUCUAAUCUUUUGCUCAUAUAUAAUUUUCGAGAGCUUUAACGCUGUUCUUCAAAAAAAUAGCGCGUUUGAUUAAGCUACAAAAAUGAUUACCAUACUGUCCGUAGCUCUCACUAUAAAAGCGCAUGAGGCUUAUUUGUUACUCG